AUAUCAACCCGGCGCCUCCCUCUCCUGACAGUCUCUGCCCGUCUCGAGGCGAGUGAAUGAAUUCCUCCCAGUCUGUCUCCUUUCCCCGGUGAAGAUGGCCAAUCCGCCUCUGGAAGGCCGAAGCCUGGCGAUUUUCGUCACGGCGGCCGUGAUGGUCGGCCUGUCUGUUAUCACUGUCGCUAUGCGGUGCUUUGUGCGACUGUACAUCGUGCGCUCAUUUGGCUGGGACGAUGGACUCAUGGUUAUAGCGCUGGCGCUAUUCAUCGCAUUGAGCACGCUGUGCAUGCUGGGGCCUGAAGCCGGCAUUGGCCAUCGCAUGGUCGACUUCUCCGACCUGGACACACUGCAAAGAGCUCUAAUGCUAUGGUGGUUGGGCCAGAUGCUGUACCUCUGGUCGUCCGCCGUCGCCAAAGUCGCCAUUGCCUGGGCAUUGCUCCGCCUCGCAGUGCAUCGCCUCCACCGUGUCAUCCUAUGGAUUGUUAUCGUCAUCGUCAUCUGUAUCGGCCUUGUCUUCUGGGUUAUCCUGCUCUUCGACUGCCAACCCGUCUCGUACUUCUGGCAGCGGAUCAACCCGUUUGAGAAAGGAACGUGCAUGUCGACGAACAUCCUGCUCAUCGUUGCAUACGUGUACAGUGGGCUUACGAUCUGCUGUGACUUUACUUUGGGUUUACUCCCGGUUUGGUUUGUCUGGAAGUUGCAGAUGAACCGGCGCACCAAGGGCGUGUUGGCCGGUAUUCUCAGCUUGGGGGCUGUGGCAAGUAUUGGUGUCGUUAUCCGAAUGCCAUAUCUGCAGAACUACGCCGACACGGACUUCCUCUACUCCACAUACCAAAUCGCCAUCUGGUCGAUCAUGGAGACCGGACUCGCCAUUAUCGCCGGCAGCCUCAUCACCCUCCGUCCUCUCUUCCGCUGGUUCCUCGACGGAGCCUCGUCGUACCGCAACCGCAGCGACGGGAGAAAGAACAGCGGUGGAAAGUACGCGCUCUCCGUGAUUUCACCCAAGGAUUCCGGACAGACACCCGGCUCCAACAACCCGCACUACUGGCGCCCCGAUGUCAAUGCGAAUGACAAUAUGAUGGUGACUUCCGUGACGGCGUCGGCGGGCCAGCUCAGGGAGCACCCCAGCCAGGAAGCCCUCACCCCGGCGGCAGAUGGAUCAGGGCAUGAGCGGCAGAUGAGCAUUGAAAGGACCUUCAGGUGGUCGAGUGGAACGCGGGACUCGUGGUUUAAUCGCAAUAACUACCUCUAAUGCUGUAAUACGGUGGGAGUUCUGUGCUGGCCGUGGGCCCUAAUGACAUCACCAUGAUGCCGUCGUGUAUAUAACGUCUCGUCCUCCUGGUGAGGACUAAUAUACCAGU